AUGAAAUCCGCCAUCCUGUACCCGUACGGCCCUCUGCGCGGAACUGGAUGCUGCCGAAUGCUGCACGCGAAACAUUUAGCGCUGACGAGUGCAAUUUACACGUUGAACAUUUCCAUUCUCGUAGUGCUGCUCUACUCGUGGCGGAUUAGUGUUAAUGUGAAAAAGUACAGCGAUCUGGAGGAUGUGUACUACGGUGUGCAGAUUGCAUACUUUGCCAUCAUCGGAACCCAGUGUUCGAUGAUACUGCUCAGCGUGGUGCUGCUAUUCGGUAUCUAUAAGGAGAACAUUGGUCUCGUCGUUCCGUGGAUAAUCGGAUUCAUUACCUUCAUGGCGCUGGAAGCCGUGGCAAUGGUGUACUCCAACGUUCUUCGAGAUCACGUCAAUCGGCAAUUCGACUCCCUGUGCAAAGCUGAGGUGGCGUUCUUCGUAUCGCGCGCAUUCAUCAACGCACUGGCAAUGUGGGCUGUUACACGUUUCUACAAUCUGCUACGUGCGGGCGUCACCUGGAAGGGACCGGAAGUGAUCGAACUAUGACACAACUCG